UGCAGCCCGACCGGUCUACGUCAACGUGGUCGAGCCGAAAACUCGGAGAAACUCGUCUUUCCUCUGCAUCCAAGAUAACGCCCCGCCUGGAAGAAAAGCGUCGCAGCACGAUUGCCCGAAGAGAGAUCCAGGACCACAUUGUACAAAAAUGGGCUUGUGGACAUUGCUUGAGGGUUUUUUGCUUCUUGCAAAUGCAUUGGCAAUAUUGAACGAGGACAGAUUUCUUGCUCCUAGAGGAUGGAGUUUCUCUGAAGUUUCGGGAACUGGUCGGGCAAAGUCAUUGAAGGGUCAGCUCAUAGGGCUUAUCUAUGCAACACAGUACUUGAGAGUUCCACUUAUAAUUCUAAAUGUUAUCACAAUUCUUGUGAAGUUGGUUUCAGGCUGAGUCUGGCAUGUAAUUGCUGAAUUGUUGCGAAAUUUUGUUUGUCUGAACUUCCGUUAACUGUUGUUCAAUUAAACAUUCCUGCACUGUGUAGGGAAGUAGCUUGUCUCCAUGUGUUGUCAAUGUUGAUCUUGAUAAUUCUGGUUGAUCGGGGAUGGGAAAUAGAUGAGCAGCAGUUAAAAAUUAA